UAUUGUCCCUUCCUUUCCCGACGAACACAACUGUUCCGCGUUUCAUUCCAGGAAGUCAAUACUCCAAAGUCCAUCAUAUUUUGAUACAUUACUGUAGCUAUCUGCUCACUGUGGUCAUAUACUUGAGGAAAGUAGUCUACAUUUUGUCAAGGCAAGAUGGAGUUUGUGAUUGAACACACCUGGGACAGCAAUCUUGUGACUCACGACCCUGUAAAGGUCAGGUUUUCCCCUGGAGAUGGAGGAAUGAAGAUGUCUGUGUCUGCUCCAUUUUUCAAUGACCCCCCAGGUCCUCCUGGCCCCUCAGGCCACCCCUUCCCCGGGCUCUGGGAUUAUGAAGUGGUUGAGUCAUUUUUCCUGGACAGCACUACAGAAAAGUAUCUGGAAGUGGAGGUUUGUCCCCAUGGACAACACUUGGUACUUCUGCUCUCUGGAAGAGGUCAAGCGUUCCAGCAAGGUCUCCCUCUGGUAUUCACGGCGAGUGUGACAGGGGGUCGAUGGAUUGGGGAGGCCCUGCUGCCCUGGAGGUACUUCCCACCAAACGUCAACAAGAUGAACUCGUAUGCCAUCCAUGGUUCUGGACAGGGCCGCACCUACGAAGCUCUGUAUCCGGUACCAACAGAAGACUUGGUGGAGGGACAGAAACCUAACUUCCACCUCCUGGAAUACUUCCAAGACUUCCGCCUGCAAAGCAUCAUGGGGGAGGGCUGGAUACAGCCCGAGUCCGAUCUCUGGACGUGAAAGUGCUGAGGCAGGCGGGAACGAGAGGAGGACCUACGACCGUGACACCAAAGUCACCUGGAUGG